GUCCGCGUGAAGAGCCACAAGCGCAAUUACAUAAACCACCUGUCGCCAGCUCCUUCUCUGUUGCUCUUACUACUUGUGUCUUACCGUAUCUAUUCGCUCUCGAUGCGCCUUCCGUUGUAACGGCUUUUGACCAACACGUGCGUCCGAACGGUUGGAGAGAAAUUGGCACCACUAGUGAGUCAGCCCAGUCAGCCGGUUCACUUCCAGCAUCGACGGCAGCUACUGAACAUCGACAACCUUAUUUCUUCCCAAUCCAACAUCUCGGAUUCUUCUCCACCUCUUAACGUCCGCAAUUCCGCGAAUACAUUGCCUCUCUUGGUACCUAGUUCAUCGAUCGCGCAUCCUUGUACAUUUCGGCGGCGCAACAGACCUCCAGGCACAUUCAACGCCAACCGUCCGAACCAUUGACCCCGCAGCAGGGAUCUCACUUCUAGGCGCAUUCCGUCUCCUUCGGGCGCUAGGCAUCCAUCCCAAGACACCACAUCAAUCCUUCAUCUCAACAUAAGCUUUUGUCAACAACUUCCAUCAUCAAACGGCGUCUCGACAACAGACAUCACGAUGCCGCAGAGGAAUCUCUUCGACUUCGCCUUCUCUAAGAACGGCGGCGGAGUACAGAAGAAACCUCGCUCGCCAAAUCGGCAAUCCCCCACGCAGUCAUCAUCAGCACCAGGCCCCUCAUCCUCGUCAAAACCCACCCAAAAACCAUCAGACCGCUCAAGUCCAUCACUCGCCGCCGUCGCAGCAGAAACACGCUCUGCGCUUCCCCAGAUCCUCCCCCACCUACCCAACAUCAACGCCUCGAAAUCAGAAGAUCUGCACCUGGACUACCUGCCGCCUCUCAAAACCUCAGCUUGCCCGGGACACACGCCGCGCGCAAAGAUCAAGAUCGUAAACGAGGACUCACUGAACGCGGCAAUCGAACUCGCCGCGCGACGACCUGAUGGCGGACGUGUGGCGGUGCUGAAUAUGGCUUCAGAUAUCCACGCCGGCGGCGGGUGGUUGAAAGGUGCGAUUGCACAGGAGGAGGCCAUGUGUUAUCGCUCGUCGCUUUAUCUUAGUUUGCACAAGCGGUAUUAUCCCUUCAAGCGCCGUGGGGGACUUUACACGCCUGAUGUGGUCGUUAUUCGGGGCGAUAUGGCGAGCGGUCACAAGCUUCUGGUUCCGCGGGUUGCGUAUAACGAUUUACCCGUUGUUAGUGUUCUCAGCAUAGCCGCGAUUCGGAGACCGGAAGUGGUGAAGCGGAAAAUCUCUACACCUGCGGGGGACGAGGAAGUAUACGAGUUUGCAAAGGAGACGGAUCGGACGCUCACGAUGAGUAAGAUGAGACUUUGUUUGAGGAUGGCGGCGAGUCGGGGUCACAGUCUGCUUGUGUUGGGCGCGUUGGGAUGUGGUGCGUUUAGAAACCCUCCUGAGGAGAUUGUUAAGUGUUGGCUUGAGGUGCUGGGUGAGGCUGAGUUUGGGGGUGGAUGGUGGAGAGAGGUUUGGUUUGCCGUUUACGAUCGGAAGAAUGAGGGAAAUUUUGAGAUUUUUGAGGAUGCAUUGGGCGGUGUUCGGGUUUGAUGCAUUUCGAGAGCCAAAAAAAAAAAAAAACAUUUGACUUAUAGCCAUGCCUCGACUGAAAACAAAGCAGUGUUGAAAUCAAGGACAGUGUGAAGGCAGUGAACUGCUGGGCACAUAUACUCAGUGAACGAUCUCAAGGACGCGCGAUGGAUGUGACGG